AUGUCAAGCAGUACAAGGCCGUCCAAGAACGCACGACCGCCAGUGCCACAACGUGUCAGUGCUGACUGGCCAACAACAUUUUCAAUACCGUUUCAUCGUGCAAACUCUGGCUUCCUGAGUGAUUUGGAACAGAAAAAGCGCCCGAAAAAGAAACAUCUGCUGGAAUUUGUGCGGCUGGUGUGCAGUGACAUUCACAAUAUUUGUGCCAGGCCAGGACGGGCAGCCCUUGCUGAAGUUGCCAGGCGGAUUGUGGAGGCGCACCCAGUCUCACUGUCAGAUACUCUAGGUGGAGCUGUUGUUGGCUCAGGGUAUGACUCUUUGCGUGCAAAACUUGAGAACAGACUCGACAACCUAAAUCGUGGCUCUGCGGAGGCAGUGCCGGUGGCACGUGCAUCACACAGAAAACGUGUAGCCAGUGACAAGUGUGGUUGUAUUGAAUGGAACUGCUCCCCACCAGCAGGUGAGACUGCUGAAACACAAGAAGACAAAAGAGCUGAACUGGAAGAAAUGUUUGCCAUCGAAAAUGCAAGCCUUAGCCGUGCAAUAGACAUGAUGCAGCAGACUUAUUUUCUACAAAGGGAACACAUCAAUCAAGGACUAUCAGUUUCUCAGGUCCAAGACAAAUGGCCGUGGUUGUUAACGACUGAAUGCCUACUCAAUCAUUUCAAGAGCCUCACUGGUAUUGAUUGUAAAGAACGAUUUAGUAAUGCUAUGUCUCAGAAGGUAAAGGCUGUACUUCAGUUCCUAACGACAAGUCAAAAUGAAGAGGUGCAGAAGAUCAUGCAGUCUGUCAGUCAAGCCUUUCAUGAAUCUGAAACUCAUUACGGAGACCCCGUAGGGAUGCUUCUUGGGACCAUAGCAAGCUUGAAUGAUGACUCGUCCUACCUCAUUGUGGAGCUUGGGACCGAUGUGCUUAUCCAAGAUGCUCCUCUUCCCCUGACACCAGUGAUUGUGUGUGCUGUGUCGAAGGAUCUCUUGGAGUUGAUCAUGUUUCCUCUUCUGACAGGGAGCCCCUACACUUGCCGUACCUUCAUGGUUGCAGCUGAUCAGCAGAUUGUGAUGACUGCUAUCUCUGACUUUACAAAUGCACUCUGCGCCCUGAUGGCUCUGUACUUCGUGUUCAACAUCGCCUACCCUCGCCAGGCAGAAGCUACACUUGACUUCCUUCAGAGGUGCUUCCUCCAGAUAAAUCCUGAAAGAGGAACAAAAGCCAAAAGCAAGAGGCGUGGACCUGGAGUUGUGACGCAAAAAGUGCUUUCAUUUGUGGAAAAAAUCAAGCAAUAUGAGGCUACGAGCUGGGUGUUUUGUUGAGACAACAACCUGUAUGCAUAAGUUUUUAUUCCGACAGUCAUUCCAAUUACAAGCUGUAAGCGGAGACCAUCACCACGCAGAUGCUAUGUCGGCUUACUUGGCUCAUGCUGCUCCAUUCUGACAUUAUCACA